GGCCUGGGCCCCUCGGAUGAGGCGGUGAGGCCGGUGCCCUUCCCCCUCCCCUCCCGGUUCCUUCCCCCCACCCCGCCCCCCCCUUCCGCCUCCUCCGGGGCCUCGAGGCGCCGCGGGGCCGCGCUCCCUGCCCCGCUCCCCAUGUAGGAGGGGGUGUUGGCGGCAGGGAGGGCCGAGGCCGGGGUGAAUGGUGCGAGGAGCGGGCGCUGAGGAAGUUUGAAGUUUUGGGGGUUUUGGAGGAUUCCCCCCCCUCCCCUCUCUCGAGCACAGUGGAGGAGGAAUGCCAAAUCCGGAGAGACAUGGGGGCAAGAAGGAUGGGGGCGGCGGGGGGUCCUCGCAGCACGCGCCUGGCAGCGGGAGUUCGAACAGCAAGGAGAGGCACCGGCUGGCCUCCAGGCACAAGAGGCAUAAGUCCAGGCACUCCAAGGAGUCACCGCUGGCAGCCCAGGAGACAGCGGCACCCUUGGGCGCGAUGAUCAAGCCGCUGGUGGAGUACGAUGACAUCAGUUCGGAUUCGGAUACCUUCUCAGAUGAUGUGGCCCUCAAGCUGGACAGGAGGGAGAACGAGGAAAGGAAAGCGGACAGGAGCGAGAGGAUACAGAAGCACCGGCACCACCAGCACAAGCGCAUUCGUGAGCUGAUGAAGAGCAAACAGGCAGAAAAAGAGAGGAAGUUGGAAAAGAGCCUGGAGGCAUCCAGCAGGUCCGGGUCCACCAAGGAGAGAAUAUCGGGAUCCUCCAAGAGACUCCUUGAAAGCGAGGAGCACCCCAAGUCACUGUCCUCAAAGAGCAGCAACAAGGAGUCCCGGUCAGCCAAAGCGCACAAGGAGAAAUCCAGGAAGGAUCGGGAGCUCAAGUCCAGCCACAAAGAGCGCAGUAAAAGCCAUCGGAAAAGGGAUGCUCCAAAAAGUUACAAAACAAUUGACAGUCCGAAGCGGAAAUCCAGAAGUCCUCACAGAAAAUGGUCUGACAGCCCUAAAUUAGACGACAGCCCCUCAGGAGCCUCCUACAUCCAGGAGUAUGAUCUCAGCCCUCCCCGCUCUCACACAUCCAGUAACUACGAUCCCUACAGGAAGAGCCCCGGCGGCUCCUCGCGCCGGCAGUCGAUCAGCCCACCCUACAAGGAGCCCGUGGCCUACCAGUCGAACACUCGCUCUCCCAGCCCUUACAGCCGGCGGCAGAGGUCCAUAAGCCCCUAUAACAGGAGGCGCUCCUCGAGCUACGAGAGAGGCAGCGGGUCGUACAGCGGCAGGUCACCGAGCCCUUACGGCCGACGGCGCUCGAGCAGCCCUUUCGCCGCGAAGCGGUCCGUGAGCCGAAGCCCCAUCGCCAGGAAGUCUGUGAAGUCCCGAAGCCGAAGUCCUGGCUAUUCAAGACAUUCAUCAUCUCACAGUAAAAAGCAGAGGUCUGGGUCACGCAGUCGCCAUUCCAGUAUAUCACCGACAAGGCUACCGCUGAACUCCAGUCUGGGGGCAGAACUCAGCAGGAAGAAAAAGGAGCGAGCGGCAGCGGCAGCAGCUGCAGCCAAGGUGGAUGGAAAGGAGGCAAAGGGCUCGCCUGUUUUCCUGUCUAGAAAGGAGAACAGCUUAGCUGAACUUAAGGAGUCUGGAACAGAAUCUAAAAAGGUCAUCAAAACUGUUAAAUCUGAAAAGUCAUCUUCAGAUACAGAAUUAGUUAAUUUACUGUAUACGAAUGCAGAGACUAAAGCCCCUGCAGAGACAACAAAAAUCAAGGCAGAGGAGAACUCGGAGAGGAAACAUCCUGUUCCAGUUAGAGAUCCAAAACAGACGGGAACAAAAGACUCGAAGCCUGUAGCAGUGGUAGAGGACCUCCUAUCUCCAAAAGACACAGACACAGCAGAGAAGGAGAUUCCACCCCCACUACCCUCAAUAAAAUCACCUCCUCCACCUCUGCCGACAACCACACCACCACCUCCAACUCCGCCGUUGCCGCCUUUGCCUCCGUCGCCUGCUGUUCCACCUUUGCCACCAUCCCAACUGACUCCCGUUCAGGUCCCUACUUCAGCCCCAACAUCUUUGCCAUCUUCUUCCCACCCAAGGACGUCUACUUUAUCCUCUCAGGUGAACUCUCAGUCCUCUGUCCAAGUCGCUACAAAAACACAAGUGUCUGUGACGGCUGCUAUCCCACACCUGAAAACUUCAACGUUGCCUCCGCUUCCGCUCCCCCCUAUUUUAGUUGGGGAAGAUGACUUGGAUAGUCCAAAAGAGAUUCUUCCUCCAAAACCUGUGAAGAAAGAUAGAGAGCAGAGACCACGACACUUACUCACGGACCUCCCGCUCCCUCCAGAGCUCCCUGGAGGGGACCCAUCUCCUCCUGACUCCCCGGAACCAAAGGCAGCCACACCACCUCAGCAACCGUUCAAAAAGAGACCAAAAAUCUGUUGUCCUCGGUAUGGGGAAAGGAGACAGACGGAAAGCGACUGGGGGAAGCGUUGCGUGGACAAGUUUGAUAUCAUUGGGAUUAUUGGAGAAGGGACAUAUGGGCAGGUGUACAAAGCCAAGGACAAGGAUACAGUGUUAGCGGUGUUGCUGGUUAAUGACAAAUACCUGUAG